AUGGAGCUUAGUCUGUACGGCUCGCAGAUUAACCUAGCAACGCGUGAACGAACCACCCCCACCUUCAGUCAUCAACCCCCGGUGGGAACGAGCCAGCACCAUUACCGGCCCAGUUCGGCCUUGUACAGUCGACCCUUUUCGGCGCAAGUGCGCCGUCCCCUAUCGGCGGACAGUCAAAUCGAACGCAAAGCACCCGCAGCCGGUUUCAAUCUAUCGAAACGUAGCACAUCGUCGUCCAGCUUGCUAAAAUCCCUUCUGGCCGAACCGAUCUCACGCUACUGGGGCUCGAAAACCCUGACCGGAGGAGGCAGCGGUCAGCACCGGUCAACGAAGCAGCAGAUGCCCACCAAGGUCAAGAGCAAAAAGCGAAGCAGUGUGGUGGCUAAGAAAAAGAUUGUCGAUUGUAGUUCGGAAGAGGAAAGCAGCAUGGAUGAAGAUACGCAGGAAUCGAACAAUGAGACGGAGUUGGAGAAUAUUUGGUCGAGAGGAGACAAGCUAAGGAUUAAUCCGGGGGUUAAUAAAAAGCCUCCACUUCCGAGGAGGGUUGCGCGUAAAACAGUUUCGAAAAAAGCUAGUAAUCUUGGUAUGGCUGGGAAAGACGUGGUGCAGAAAGUGGAUAAGAAGAUUGAUCUGCCGGGGAGAGUGUCGUUCAGUUCUAAUGAUCCGUACGAGAUAGACUACAGUGAUUACGACGAUAAUGAGUUUGCCGUUGUGGUGAAAUCGGAUCAACUCAAAAAUUCGGGUUCCGUUUAUGAUGAACGAAAUUUUCAAGAGUCUGCUUUUGAAGCUCCUUCCAAAACUAGAUUUAAUAGUUCAGUUAAAUUUGAGGAUGAUUUGGCCAGUUCAGCUUACGAGACUAAGGAGGAAAAGACUGAUAAAAUCGUUAAAUUUGGUUCAACUCCAGAGUCGUUUGGAGAAGAAGACGAUUCUAACAAGAUUAUAGAAGACUACAAAAAGGAAAUUGAAGACAUUAAUCGUCGGCGGGAGAUGGAGCUGAAGUUAGUGCAGGCGGAGGGUGCUAGCCGUUAUGAUCCGAAACAGUACACGAUGGUUGAAGUUACGGAAACGUACGUGGAAGAGACUUACCGGAUUGCUGCCAGUUGUACCUCGGCCACGGAUGAUACGGAAAACGAAAAUGAGAGCCCGCGAUGUGGAGCCAGAGGAGGGAAGAAAGACGUCAUCAAUGAGUAUUACGAAUGUAUCAACGAGAUUAUUGACCAGCAGAAAGAUAAAACUAAACAUGACAGUAAAGAGGAUUGUUUAAAUUUAAAUCUCAACAACGAAACAAAACCACUUUUGAUGGAUAAGAAUCUUCAGGCUGGAAAAUCCACCACCAAAGAGGUUGUUUCGGCAGAUAAGAACAAAUUGGACAGUUCUUCGAAUGCUAUAAUCAAAAAUUAUUUUAAGGUUAAAGAGCAAAACUUUAACGACUUAAAGUCGAAUAAAACAAGUCAGAAAAACAACGUGCUGGCCAGUAAAAAGAACGGAAAACCAACGGUGGAUAAGUCCAAAUCUGCCGAAGGACAAAAAUCCAUUCUUCGGAAUCCGAAGAAGAACAACUCAUCCGGCAAAUAUUCGACCUCACUCAGCCGCCAGGACAGUAACAUAUCCGAGUUUCAGAUGGACAAAGUGGUAAGUUGGAUGUCCUGCAACGAGGACACAUUCCCGAAGUUAGUUCCGACUUUCGAUGGGGCUGUGCAGGAACUGGGCGCAGCCAAAGAUCGAAGUUUGGCGAUUUUGACGACGAGCGACGGCGAAGCAAGCAAAGCGACAACGCAACUGAUAGCGACCGAUGAUGAGUCGAACUUCAACUUCGAUCCCGGCCGACGGGAAGCGGCCGGUAGUCAGCAGAGCAAUUACGACGAUGAAUCGCUGCUGGCUAACGAAAUCACGAAGUCCGACUUUCAAGCACUGAAGACGGAAGUCGAAUAUCGAUUGAGUAAUAUUUUGGAUUCCCGUGACUCGCCGGAUAGCUCCGGAGCUCUGCAGCAUCAUCACGACAACAACGAUAAGGAUAAGGUGAAAGAUCUAUUCUCCUAUCUGGAUCAGGUGGACCUGAAAUGUGAAAAGACACUGAAAACAAUGGCCCCCUCGGAAUCGGACCGUUCGGAGUUUGAGUUUGCCGCAGAACCAGACUAUAUGGAGACGAUUCCCAAAAUGAACGACCUACUGGAAAUACCGAUCCAUCAACUGGCUAGACGGGUAAUCAAACUGUCGCUGCGGGCCAACGAACUCAGCAACGCGAUGGCCCUCUCGAAGGACCAUCUGGUGAAUCUGAAAGCGGACAAGAUGAAGGCAGUGCGAGCGGAAAAGGCUGCCUUCGGCAGCAAGAUGAAAGAACAGAAGAAACACUACGAGGACAUUAUCGGUCGCCAUCAGGAGUUUAUCGAUCAACUGAUCAAGGAUAAGUCCGGUCUGUGCGAUAAGGUAACCCAGCUGACGAGGAGAAUCGAAUCGCAGAACCAGAGCUGGGAGCAUCGGUUGAAGACGGAGCUCGAGAGGGCAAAGGAUACUGCCCUGGCAGCGGAAAAGAUUCGCCGCGAGAAGUGGGUCAGGGAGAACACCAAGAAAAUAAAGGAACUGACCGUUAAGGGAUUGGAGCUGGAAAUCAACAAGAUGACGGCAACCCACCAGAAAGAGCUGGCCGAACUGAAGCGACAGCAUAAGGACGAACUGAUGGCUGCGGUUUCGGAGUUGAAAUUGCAGUACGAACAAAAGGAAGCUGACAUCAAACAAAGUUUGCAGAAGGAGCGGGAUGCUUUCAUCGAACGGGAAAGGCAAACGCUGCUGGAUCGUUUCGACAAACAAGUUAGUGAGGAACGAUCGAUUUUCGAACAGCAACGUCAGCACCUGCUGAGCGAGUUCGACAUCGAAAAGGAUCGUAACCUGAAGGAGCUCAAAAACCGCAACCAAUACUUUGAGACGCAGCUUCAGGAGCUGAAAUGCGACAACACCAAAAACUUGGAGUUCGCUCGGAAAGAGUACGUGCAAAUGCUGAAGGAUCGGGAGAACAAACACAAGGAGGAGUUAGCAAAAUUGCAAAAUCAGCUUGAAGCUGAUUUUGCAAUUUGGCGCAAAAAGCACGAAGAGACUGCCAAAAAUGCCAUGGAAGAACGGGAGAAUGUAGUCCGGCAGCAGCUCCGAGCGGAGCGAGAUCAACAGAUCGACCGGAUAGUCGCUAAGGUUGAUGCUGAGACGCAAAAAUAUCAGCAGGAGUUUGAUGCCAAAAUGAAUCGUCUUAAGGAAAAGCAUCAGGUGGAAAUGCACGAGCAGGAAGCGAACGAAGCGCUGCUCAAGCAGCGCUAUCAGGACACCCGCGCUCAGCUGGCGGAGGGUGAAGCCACAAUACAGAAUAUGAAAUCUUCGGCGAAACAGCUCGAGCUGCAGCUGAACCACUCGAAAAAGCUCUGCGAUGAAUUGCUGCGCGAGAAGGAAUCCAUGAAGGCAGAAGCGCGCAAGGAGGUUCAGAAGGAUCUGGUCAGCAUGCAACAGGAGCGUGAACGGGAAAUUGAACGGAUCUACUGCAGAGUGCAACAGGCCAUCGACAAGAAGGACGCCACCAUCAGUAGUUUGCAGAAAGAGGUCAAUUCUCUGAAGGAACGAUGCUUGAAACAGGAUGCCAUUAUUCGCCAGCAGCGAAUCGAUUACUGCAUAAAAUAG